AUGAUAAAACUUAAUAAAAAACUACUCUUGUAUAUUCUUAAAUUAAACAACCAUGUAGUUAUAAGUAAAUGCGAAAAAAAAAAAGAUAAGCUUCUUUUCUUGUUACAUUUUAAUAAAUGGAGAGGAGGAAGUUAUAAUUAUACAACUAAAUUAAAAUGUGUAAAUAGUGAUAAGUUAUUAAAUAUGAUAAAUAAUAAUGAUAAUGUAGAAAAAAAAAAAACAUCUAAUGUAAUGGAAAAAGAUUUUCUCAAAAUAAAUGAUUUUUAUUAUUUUAAUAUUUAUUUAAUGAAAGAUCAAGAAUUUGUUAAUUUUGUUUUAAAAUAUAAUUUUUAUGAAAAUAAAAAUAUAUAUGUAUCUAUACUUAUACAUUUAAGUUAUAUUUAUAAAAAUAUAAGUAUUGAUCAAAUUUUAAAAGUAUUAGAAAAGGUAUAUGAACAAAAUAAAUCAUCUUUUUCACACUCAUUAAUUAAAGGAGAACAUAUUUGUAAGAUGUAUUCAUAUAUAUGUGAUAAUAUAAUAAAAUUAAAUAAUAUUCAGUUAAUUACCUUUUUAAAAUGUUGUUCUUAUACUAUAAAUGAUUACCCAUUAGAAAUUAUUAAAAUGAUAAAUAAAUUUCUUUUAUCAAAAUCAUUAUAUAAAUUAAAUAUAAAUAUUUUGCAUGAUAUUUGUAAUAGUUCUAUUAAAAUAAAAAAGGAUUGUACUUUGAAAAAAUUAACCUAUGAUGAAUCAAUUGUUUUGAUGAAUAAUAAAAUUGUAAACUAUUUAAAAAAUCAAAUUUUAAAUAUGAAUAAUAUUAAUAGUUUUUUUCAAAAUGUGCCUGUAUAUAUUAAUAUGAUAAAAGAGGAGGAAAAUAAUAUACCUCUAAAUUUAAAUAAUUACUUGAAUAAACCCGAAACGAUACAAAGUGACAUCAACAUUAAUAAUAAUGAUAAUAUUAUAAGACAAAAUAUGGAUGAUACUUAUCAUCGUGAUAAUAAUUUAACUUAUAUUAAUAAAAUAGAAGGUGAUAAUAUAAAACAAACAAAUCAUUUAAUACAUAAAAAUAAUAUACAAAAUAUAGACAAUCAACAUAAUAAUAUUCAUAUAAAUGAAAAUAAAAAUAACAAUGUUUUAUCACAAAAAUGGAUGAACCCUAUUUAUGAUAAUAUAAAAAAGUAUGAAGACUUUUCUUCAUAUAAUAAUACCAAAGAUGUCGAUUUAAAAAACUUCAAAAAUAAUUGUAAAUUAAUAUUUUUAAAUAAAAUAAAUGAAAUAAAUACAAAUAAUGCAAUAGCUUCAGUUUGUAUCCUUAAGUGGCUAGAAAUAAAAGACAUUUUUAUUUAUACGCAUAUUUGUGAAAUUGUAUUAAAAAAUAUUAUAAAUUUUGAUACUAAACAUUUCAUCAGGUUUUUGAGAAAGUGUCAUGCUCUAAAAUUUGAAAAGAAUAAAAAUGAUCAAAAAGAAAAUAUUAAGCACAAUAUUGAUUAUAAUGAAUAUCAUGGAGUUACCAAUUUAUUUAAUACUAACCUAGAAAAUAUGAAAGAUAUACAAAAUGUACAAAAUGUACAAAAUAUAAAUAAUAUAAAUAAUAUAAAUAAUGUAAAUAAUGUAAAUCCUUUUAGUAAUAACCAAAUAGACAAAAGUGACCACGAAAAAAAUAUACAAAUGAAUGAAAAAAAUAAUGUAGAAUAUAUCGAAGGAAGUAAUUUAUUUCUUCAACUAUUAAAUGAACGUGUGUAUCAAUUAAAUAUAAAAGAACUUAGAAGUAUUACAUAUGGUUUAUAUGGAUUUGUAGAAAACAUGAAACAAUUUUCUCAUUUAAAUAAUUUAAAGAAUAAUAUGAAUUUGUUUUUUUCCAUGUGCGUACAAUAUAUAACAAAUUAUAUUGAUAAAGAAAUAUUAAAAGAAAAAAAUUAUUUACAAAGUGAUAAUACAAAUAAUGAAACACUUUCAAAUCAUAUGGUAGAUAUGGAAGAGACAAUUAUAAAUGAUAAUAAUAUGAAAGAUGAUAUAUGUAUAAGAAAUGAUAAGAAUUAUGAUAUAAAUAUGAAUAAAGAUUAUAUAUAUAUAUCACCAUCAAAAGAUAUAUAUAUAGAUAAAUAUGAUACAACAUAUAAUCAUAAACAUAAUGAGAAGAUAAAAUAUAUAUGUGAUAUUUUAUUAAAUAUAAGUUAUUUUAAUAUUAGUAAAAAUCAUCGUAAAAUUAAAUUUGUAUAUGAAUAUAUAAAUAAAUUAAUAUCAAAUAAAAAUGAAGAUUUAGAUAUAAAUAAUUUAUUAGAUAUUCUAAUGUCUUUAUCAAAUUUAUAUAUAAAAACAAAUGAUAAUUAUAUUUUUCAUACAUAUAAAAAAAUUAUUGAAAUUUUACAAAAUGAAAAACAUAAUCAUAAAAUACUAAUUAAUGGUCAUCAUUUUAAUAAAUUAUCAAUUGGUAUAUUACCAAUACUUAAUGAAGAAAAUAAAAUAAUAUCAACAUUUUCUCAAUAUUUACUUUUCUUUGUUCAAAAUAAUAUUGUACCAUUAAGAUCAUGUGUUUUCUUAUUACAAAAUAUUAUGAAAAAUAUUAAUAUAAAAUUAAAUGAAUCCUUGUGUCUACUCAAAUUAGCUAUGAUAAAUAGAAUAUAUAUUUUUUUAAAACAUACACAUGAUUAUAUACAAAACAAAAAUCAACAAGAUAAUAAUGACUUAAAAGAAAUAGAUAUUCAAAAAUUUUUAUUAAUACAUUCAAUUAAUGAAAAUACAUUAAUAUGUAUUAUUACCAGCUUGUCUUUAAUACUUCAAUAUUCAAAAUAUGGAAGUACUAUAAAAAAUGAUGCCACAAAUCUUAUUUUAAAAAUUAUUCCAUACGUUUCAAAAAACUCUUUUAAAAAAUUUCCAAAAAAACAUAUUCAUUCGGAUUUAAUCGACAUCCUUUCAAUUCAGCAUGAUGACGUAAAGCAGGUGUUGAUAAGCAAAAUGUAA